CCUGCAAUGCAGUGCAGCAACACCUCUCUAGAGCUGUGACCAAAGAUCGGAGAAGCCAUGAACCCCACCAUCGUGGCCCUGCUCUGCUUGGGGCUGUGUCUGGGCCCCAGGAACCUAGUGCAGGCAGGGACCCCUGUGAAAGCCAGGCUCUGGGCUGAGCCAGGAUCUGUGAUACCAUGGGGGACACCGGUGACCCUCUGGUGUGAGGGGACUUUCAACGCUCAGAAAUAUGGUCUGUACAAAGAAGGAAGCCAAGCGCCAGUCAUACAGACCCAACUGGUACCUACAGACAGAGCCAAGUUCCUAAUCCCAACCAUAAGAAAAGAGAAUUCUGGGCGAUAUUACUGUUACUAUCACAGCCCUGAUGGCUGGUCACAGCACAGCGAGCCCCUAGAGCUGGUGGUGGUUACAGGGACUUUCCGCAAACCAAGGCUCAGGCCUGUGCCAGGAUCUGUUAUACCACUUGGGACAUCUGUGAUACUGUGGUGUGAGUGUACUCUGGGGGCCAUACUGUGCCAUCUGAUUAAAGAGGGAAGCCCAGUGUACUUGGAGUCAAAAACCUCACAAAAUCUCAUGAGCACUGCCAAAUUCUCCAUCCAAUACAUGACACAAAACAAUGUAGGACGGUAUAACUGUUACUGUUACAGCCCUGCUGGCUGGUCAGAGCACAGUGAGGCCCUGGAGCUCGUGGUGACAGGCCUCUACAGAAAACCUAGCCUCUUAGCCCUGCCUCAGGCUAUGGUGAACUCAGGAGGAAAUGUCACCCUCCAGUGUGAAUCCUGGGAAGGAUACAAUAGUUUUGUUCUGAUUAAGGAAGGAGAUAAGCACUCCUGGACUCUUGACUCACAGCAAGGCUCCAGUGGGAAGUUCCAGGCUCUGUUCAAUGUGGGUUCUGUGAUCCCCAGCCACAGGCGGAUCUUUAGAUGCUAUGGCUAUGGCAGGAGCCAACCCUUGAUUUGGUCAGAGCCCAGUGACCCCCUGGAGCUCCUAGUCCCAGGGACCCUCCCCAAGGCCUCCUUCUGGGCUGAACCAUGCCAUGUGAUCCCCCAGGGAAAGCCUGUGGCCCUCUGGUGUGAGGGAAUCCCAGAGGCCCAGGAAUACUAUCUGGAUAGAGAGUGGCAGCCAAUGUCCUGGGUCAGAGAGACAUCACUUCAGCACAGGAACAUGGCCAAGUUCUCCAUCUCGUCCAUGAACAAGUACUAUGCAGGGCAAUAUCGCUGUUACUAUCGCAGCCCUGCUGGCUGGUCAGAGCCCAGUGAUGCCCUGGUGCUGGUGGUGACAGGAAUCUACAGGAAACCCAGACUCUCAGCUUUGCCCAGCCCCGUGGUGAAACCAGGAGGAAACCUCACCCUGCAGUGUGGAUCACAUAGAGGAUUUGACAGGUUCAUUCUGACUGAGGAAGGAGGAGACCAAUGCUCCUGGAUGAUGCACUCACAGCAACACCACAGGAAGAACUUCCAGGCUCUGUUCACUGUGGGCCCCAUAAUUCCCAACCACAACUGGACAUUCAGAUGCUAUGGCUAUUACAGGAAUGAACCUCAAGUGUGGUCAGAGCCCAGUGAUGCUCUGAGGCUCCUAAUCUCAGGGCUCUCCAAGAAGCCCUCUCUUCUGACCCCGCAGGGCCCUGUUCUGGUCCCUGGACACAACCUGACCCUCCAGUGUCGCUCUGAACACAACUAUGACAGAUUCACUCUGUCCAAGGAGGGUGUAGGAGACCUCCCCCAGCAUCCUGGCCAUCAGAUCCAGGCUGGACUCUCUCAGGCAGACUUCACCAUGGGCCCUGGGAGCCACUUCCAUGUUGGCCGCUACAGAUGCUACGGUGGACACAGCCUCUCCUCCACGUGGUCAGCACCCAGUGACCCCCUGGAUAUCCUGAUGCCAGGGCAUCUCCCUGCCACACCAUCUCUCUCAGUGCAUCCAGGAUCCAUAGUGUCCUCAGGAGAAAAUGUGACCCUUCUGUGUCAGUCAUCGAUUCCAAUGGACACUUUCCUUCUGUCCAAGGAGGGGGCAGUUGAUACCCCCUUGCAUCUGAGAUCAGAGUCCAGAGCUCAGCAAUUCCAGGCAGAAUUUUCCUUGGGAGCUGCGAGCUCAGCCCUCAGUGGGACCUACAGAUGUUAUGGCUCUUGGAACUCAACUCCAUAUCUGUUGUCAUAUCCCAGUGACCCUAUGGAGCUCGAGGUCUCAGGAGGCCCUGAAGAUCAGCCCAUCCCACCAGAAUCUGGACCUCAGGUUGGACUGGCAAGGAACCUGAAGGUUCUGAUUGGGGUCUUGGUGGCAUCAAUCUUGCUGCUUCUCCUCCUCGUUCUCUUCCUUGUCCUCCGACAUCAGCGCCAGAGCAAAAGCAGGAAAGCAGCUGUACAAGGCAGGGCCUGGGGAAUGAGAGCCCCAGGACUGUGGCCAGGAGUUGACCCCUGUUGUGUCCCUCCAGAGGUCACAAUGAAGAACACAGAGCCUGAGAAUGAGGUGGAGCUGGACACUCAGAGCCCACCUCCUGAGGACCCCAAUGGACCAACAUAUGCCCAGGUGAAGCACUCAGCACCUGGUAGGCUAAUGGAUACUCAGAAUGCUGCUUCUGAGGGUCCCCAAGAUAUAACUUAUGCCCAGCUCCACAUCAGGACACUCAGACAAGGGACAGCUGGACAUCCUUCCUCCCAGGGUAGGGCUCUCCCAGAAGAGCCCAGUGUCUAUGCUGUCCUGGCACCCACUUGCCCAGAAGCCAUCACCAAGGACACUAAGUGAUGCAUCAGCUAGGGAAAACUCACAGACUUCAGAGUUUCUAGGACCUUCUGAGAUGCACCUGACUCUGCAGUCAGGGAGGGCUCAUCGGAGAUUAUUCAGCAAUCACUGAGUGAAAGAGAAAUGAAUGCAUGGGAGAGGCUGGGUGAAAAGAAUGAAAAUGUUAAUGACAGCAUAAUGCAACACAGGAAGGAAAUGAAAAAAUUAAGAGCCCUGGACCACUACAUCAGAAAACGUUCUCUAAAACUCAAUAAACUCAGGUAUGCAAUAAAAACUUUUAGACAAAUAAUGUGGAAUUAUUCUAUGUGAAACCAAAUACAAAAUAUUAGCUCUUCCUGGGGGUUGGCACAUAUUUCAAUA